CUUCCCUUUUCCCCCAUUUUAUCUACUCGUCUUAUGUCUGCUCUACCUCCAGGUAAGUAUUAUUUCACUGCUUUGACGUUAUAUCAUCUCUAUUGACUUCAAAGCUAUGGUAGGUUGGGAUGCUCGUCAAGCUCCAGAUGGUCGCUGGUAGGUUUUGUCACUUUAAUCCUAUUUUGAAGCCCUUAGCAAGGCUGACCGUCCUUGUUUUUAAUAGGUACUUCAUUGAUUUGAGAACCAAUACAACGACUUGGGAUGAUCCCCGAAGUCAUCCUCAGCAACCUUACAAUAUGCCUUCGCCUGCACCUUCAGCGACAUCGACCUAUUCUCAACAAACUCCUUCAUAUUACGGUAGCCCCAACCAAAACUAUCAGGAACAAAAAGGCCCCUCUGGAUCAUACCAAGCGCCUCCAUAUACACCACCCGUACAAAAUUCCUAUCAGCAGCAGCAAUCGGUUCCUCCCCCAUAUCCACAAGGUGCUCCCGGCGGUCAACAAUCUAGUUAUUAUGGUGGCCAGCCUUCUUAUCAGCAGUAUUCGUCUCCUCCACCACAGCAAUACCAACAGCAGUAUGAGCAGCCCCCAUACCAACCAGCACCUUAUCAGCAGUCUCCUUACCAACAGCCACCACCACCACAACAGCAGCAGCAACAGCAACAGCAACCACAGCAAGGGGGUAACAAACUCAGCAAUUUCCUUUCAGGCCCUAACAGCGGUAUGAAGACCGCAGGCAUGAUCGGAGCUGGUCUUCUUGGCGGUUUGGUGUUAGGAGAAGUUGUCGAGCAUCAUCAUGAUACUGGACGCUGGUGAACUUUGGGAUUUGUCACCUGUUGACAGUGUAGUGCAGUAACACCAACUUUAUAUCCACAUACAAGCGCUUCGAUUUCAGAAACUCUAAUAAAAAUGAAAUAGUUUGGUGAGCGAAAAUGAUAACCGUCCACGCAUCGUGAUGUCGCAGAAG